GGAGGCAGCCGGCAGCCGAAGCGGUCUGGGCGGCGCGGUGUGUGGCGGCGCAUCUCGAUGGGCGCCGCUCUCGAAGCAGGAACCGGCGGCCGGAGCGCCUGGGUGGGCCUGGCGGGGGAGCGCGCCUCCGCGGAUGAGGCUAAGUUAGACUUGAACAAGAGAUUUGCUUAGAAGAUUCGCGAGUUUCCUGUAUUUAGGAAUAAGUGCCACGCCUCACAGAUUUCAAGAUGAACUCCUUAAUGGAAACCCCUGAGCUGCCGGCAGUGUUUGACGGGGUGAAGUUAGCUGCUGUAGCUGCUGUUCUGUACAUUAUUGUCCGCUGCCUGAAUCUGAAGAGUCCAACUGCCUCUCCUGAUCUCAUAUACCAAGACACUCCUUUGGCCCGCUUCCUACUCAAGUCAUGCCCUCUUCUAACCAAAGAGUACAUUCCACCUCUGAUUUGGGGAAAAAGUGGUCACAUCCAGACUGCCCUUUAUGGGAAGAUGGGGAGAGUAAGAUCCCCGCAUCCUUAUGGACUUCGCAAGUACCUCACAAUGCCAGAUGGUGCAACAUCAACUUUUGACCUCUUUGAACCACUAGCUGAAAAUUGCAUUAGAGAAGAUAUCACAAUGGUAAUCUGCCCUGGAAUAGCUAAUCACAGUGAGAAGCAGUACAUCCGUACCUUUGUUGACUAUGCCCAGAAGAACGGUUAUCGAUGUGCCGUGUUAAACCAUCUUGGAGCUCUUCCUAACAUUGAGUUGACUUCACCACGCAUGUUCACUUAUGGUUGCACCUGGGAAUUCGGAUCCAUGGUAAACUACAUCCGCAAGACGUAUCCCCAGACCAAGCUGGUCGUCGUGGGCUUCAGCUUGGGUGGGAAUAUAGUGUGCAAAUACCUUGGGGAGAACCAGUCUAACCAGGAGUGCGUGUUGUGCUGUAUUAGCGUGUGUCAAGGAUACAGUGCAUUAAGGGCACAAGAAACCUUCAUGCAGUGGGACCAGUGCCGAAGACUUUACAACUUCCUCAUGGCAGAUAAUAUGAAGAAAAUCAUCUUGUCUCAUAGACAAGCUUUGUUUCCUGAUGGACCUAAAAACCCUCAAAGUUUAGUAGAUUCAGACCUGAACAGACUGCACACAGCAACGUCUCUCAUGCAGAUUGAUGACAACGUCAUGAGGAAGUUCCACGGCUACAAUUCCUUAAAGGAAUAUUAUGAACAGGAGAGCUGUCUGCAUUACUUGCACAGAAUCUUUGUUCCACUCUUGUUGGUUAAUGCUGCUGAUGACCCUCUGGUACAUGAUAGUCUCUUAUCAAUCCCAAGAGCCCUCUCAGAAAAACGGGAGAACGUCAUGUUUGUUUUGCCGUUGCACGGAGGCCACCUGGGCUUCUUUGAGGGCGCAGUACUCUUUCCCGAGCCCCUCACCUGGAUGGAUAAGCUUGUGGUGCAAUAUGCCAAUGCCAUCUGCCAGUGGGAGAGGAACAAAUCUCAGUGCUCUGACACAGAACAGUCAUCUGGCCAAGAAUAAACGAUCCCAAAGAGGCUUCAGGCUCUGUCACCUUAAUCCUCCUCUUCUGGAAAUCUUUCCUUCCUCUCCUUCUUUUCCAGGACUGACUUCUUCGCUGUCUUGAUCUUUGGCGCUGGACCACAGUGGUUCACGCCAGAGCGGAGGUUGCUAUCCAAGGAGUUAAUGCCUGGUUUUGAUGCAACUUGAGCAAGUUUGAAUGUUUGCAGCGCUCUCUAUUGCAUUGAGAGAACCGAUUCGCUCUGUCGGUGGAUUACGAUCCGUAAGCUUGCUUCAAGAUUCCGAAAACAUUCGGCGACAGAAUCGUUGUGAAAGUCACAAGCGGUUCCAGUACUCUUGGCUCUCUGCUCACUUUUUCUCUGAUGAAGAAACAAUCUAGAAAUAACCUUAUCUGGGUUUUUUUGCAAAACUUGUAUAGCUGUCAGCAAUGUGAGUUACGAGUGCCAUUCUCUUUGUCCUUGCGUUUCCGCUUCCAGUAGAGGGAAGUUUAUAUCAUUUGGUAGAAGAAAUCAGCCACUUUCUUCUGCAAGUAAUCGGUGCCCACCAAACCUGGGAAAUGAUACGGAGCCUUGCAUUUUGAGAAUUGCAUCUCAACAAAGGCUGAUGCCCUUUUUGAUAAGCGCACCGCUGAGGUUUAGAUUGCAUUGGGAAUAUUUGGAGUGCGGUCUGCACUUCGGUUGCUCCAGUGUUUUGGAGCAACGGCGUUGAGUCACACGUUUGUCUUUCAUGUUGGAAUUUCACACCUAGAUCGUUCUGUUACCUCUUGGGACUAAACAAGUAGCCUUGUGAUACUUUUGCCUUUUCUAAUGUAAGGAAUUUUACUUUGACACAGGACUUAGUGUGCUCUUAAACCCAGGCCUUUUAACACAGUCUACAAAUGGGAAGUGAGUUGCUACCAGCCUGUGGAUGUUUUGUUUUGAUUUUCCUUUCUUGGGACUCGAUAGAAAAACAGUGUAUGUGCCCAUAGGAACAGAGAAAGAAAAACAAAAGAAAUCCCAAGUAUUUUGAGUGGCUAUUUUAGGCACCAUUCUUCCCUUAGGAAUAUUGGGGUUUUGGUGUCGACGAUGCUGGACAGCUAGAAAUAUUUGUGCAAGAGCUGCCUCGGCUGUUAGUGGGUUCCAUAGGACACAGCUAUGCGUCUGCUUGUCCUUAUUGUAUUUCAGCAAGAGGACAUUGGUAGGAUGUUGUGAAUGUUGUAUUAGGAAGAGAUGCAGUGAAGAAACAGCCUCAUUUUCCUGAAACUUAUCAAAGGAAUGAUAUUUAGGAGAAUUUUAAACAUCAAAUUGUGAAGAUGAUUUUAUUGAGACCAUGGCAGUCUUAGGUUAGAGGGACUCUGCUUCUCUUCAACACCCUUCCUCGUGGCUCCAUUUCCUCAUUCUCUGUUACAGCCAUUCUCUCCUCAGAGGUUCCUCUUAUCAUUUAGCACUUUAUGAUUUUAAACUUUAGUUUUGCUACCUAGGCACUUUAGGUUACCGUGCCCUUUUUUUGUCUGUUUGCGGUCCAUGGGCAUGAAGCCUUGGGUUCUGUGCGGAGCAUCUUGGACCAGCUUUGACGUUCAGAAAGAUGUCCCUUGUGUUUGGGAGGGCGGCUCUUUUUUCUUUAAGUGAGCAAUAAUUAGGUACUUUUUUCAAAGGUGCAUUCCUCACGUCAGGUUUCUCCUGCCUUAUUUGUCCAGUGACUUUGUCAUCUUAGCAGGCUGUGUGACCUAAACACCGAUUUCCUAGUGAGAGGUGGCAGGCUCUACUUCUCCCUCAGACGCAACAAAAGGACCGAGCUGAAAGAUGCCAGUGUCCUUAAGGCUUUCUUUCUCUGUCCCUCCCAAAAUGUAGGCUUUGAUGUUGUUUCUCAACUUAUUCUAUGUUGUCUUUGGACAUUUCCUGCAUAUUCAUACAUGAUCAGAUACCAAUAUAAGGAUCCCAGAAAUGUUGUGUGCAGCUGAAGUUGGGAUUGUGCUGGUUAGGGAAUAUUAAAUACUUCUUUUCCUCCUGAGCAGAAUAGGUGUUUAACGUACUGUAUAAAAGGGCCCCUUGGUGGCCUAACUGAGCUGCUGAAUAUGCUGACCAAAAGGUUGGCGAUUCGAAUCCGGGGAGUGGGGUGAGCUCCCUCUGUUAGGCCCAGCUUCUGCCAACCUAGCAGUUCGAAAACAUGCAAAUGUGACUAGAGCAAUAGGUACCACUCUGAUGGGAAGGCAACAUCACUCCAUGCAGGCAUGCUGGCCACAUGACUUUGGAGGCAUCUAUGGACAACGCUGGCUUUUCAGCUUAGAAAUUGAGAUAAGCACCACUCUCCAGCGUAGGGCACGACUAGACUCAAUGUCAGGGGAAACCUUUACCCUUACCCACAGUAUAGAAAACACGAGUUAAUUGAGUUUAUUUAUUCCCAGUAGGUUUCACAAAGUGAGCUGAAAGGGAGUCAGCUAUUGGCUCCUUUCACAUCAAUAUCAAAGAUGGUAGUUUAGCCUCCUCCAUAGCAUAAAGCUUUUACUUUUCGCAGCCAAUAAGACCUGUUGCUGAGAGCCACCUUCCCCAUCAGCUUCGCUUUUCAAAGAGUGGGAUGCUACACAGCAGAAAGAAAAUAGCAUUGUCUUCUGCAUAAGAAAUAUCUUCCUCUGAUGUAAUGGAAUGGAACAAAUUCUCACCCGAGAAGACAGCCGGGUUCUUUGCAACUCAGGGUUCUUUCCCUGACCUUUCCCCGCUGGAGGAAGGCAUGAGGGGUCUGUCCAGAAGCCCUCCUGUGGUUCAUUGGUUUUGGGUGCACACAAGGAAAAGCCACAUAUCCCUGCCUUUUGCGGCAUUUUUAAACUCAGGGAUGAUUAUCGCUAUGCCUCUAUCUAGCCUUUUCAGAGAGGAACUUGUGGUUUUAAACUCUUUGGAAUAGAAGACAAGUGCAGCCAAUUCCUCGGAGGUUGUUUUCAUGUUUAGAAGAAAGUUCUAUCUGGAUAACACAGAUGAGAAACAAAGAGAAGGGCCCAAAUUCUCACUCACUGGAUGCGUGUCAGUUGCAUCCCAGGCUUGGUCUCCCUGACAAGGAGAAGAGAAAAGUAGGCAGCUGAGCUGGAAAAAUGAGGUUCUGCCAUUAGUUGAGCAUCAAGUAAAACCACAUAAAACAAUAAAAUGAAAAGACCCUGUGUAGGGAAAAGAGUAGGACAAUAAGCACUUAGUAAGCGGAAAUCAAACCUUUUUGAAUAUUGAAAAAAAAUUGAAAAGAAACAUUGACAUGAUUCUAAAUCCCUUCUGAUUCCCAAUGAGAUCCAAUUGUUGCUGCUACUCACCAUCUUGCUGAAAGAGACUGAAAAAGAAAAUGUAAACACGUUGAAAUAUUUAUUCCUCCUUUAUUUUUUAUUUUUUUGGUAAAUUGGACCUGUCAAUGUUUAAUGGGAAGUGAACACUGCCCAAUGGUGACAUUCUGACAUCCUAAAUAAGCAUUGGUACUCAAAGAAUUUGGUUUGUAUCUAAACUGGUGGUUCUCAGCCUGUGGGUCCCCAGAUGUUUUGGCCUUCAACCCCCGCAAAUCCUAAACUGGCUGGGAUUUCUGGGAGUUGUAGACCAAAACACUUGGAGGCCCACAGGUUGAGAAUUACUGAUCUAAACAAAUAUGUUUAGAUCAGUGAUUGAACUGUGACUCCAAUUUGCAACUCCAUUGUCUCUCAUCAAACUAUAUUUCAGUGGUUCUCAACCAGUGGGUCCCCAGAUGUUUUGGCCUUCAACUCCCAGAAAUCCUAACAGCUGGUAAACUGGCUGGGAUUUCUGGGAGUUGUAGGCCAAAACAUCCAGAGACACACAGAUUGAGAACCACUUCUAUGUUGGCUAAGAUCAGUAGGAGUUGCCAUCUAUCGGAAGAGCCACAUGUUCUCCACUCUUUAUCUGGAAGUAAUCAUGUUUACAGUUCUGUACCAUACAUGUGGUAAAUACAUUUUGUUUUAAAAAAAACAUUGUUGAUCCUGGGUUGUUGUAGGUUUUUUUGGGCUAUAUGGCCAUGUUCUCGAGGCAUUCUCUCCUAAGGAGAGAAUGCCUCUAGAACAUGGCCAUAUAGCCCGAAAAAACCUACAACAACCCAGUGAUUCCAGCCAUGAAAUCCUUCGACAAUACAUUUUUGAUCCUUUUUUCUCUUAUCAGACAUGCUCCUACAGUCAGCCAUAGUCAUCUCCAAAGGACAUGCAGAUAGUUAAUAGUUUUCCUCAAUUUUUAUUGUUUCCCAGUAUAAGGUCAAUUUCGUUGGUCUUCGUUUGGGGUUACUUCUGGAUUCUGAGGAUUUUUAUCAUAUAGAAUAUGCCUCUGUGUGCAGUGGUGCUCAACCUGUGUGUCCCCAGGUGUUUUGGCCUUGAACUCUCCAAAAUCCCAGCCAGUUUACCAUCUUUUAGGAUUUCUUGGAGUUGAAGGCCAAAAUAUUUGGGGACUCUCAGGUUGAAAACCACUGCUCUAUAGGGAGACGCACAAAGAGGGUCCAGUUUUUUGUUUUGAUUUAGUUAGCAGCUUCUGCAGCAGUAACUAGGAAGAUGUUUAGAAGUGUCCAAGUUGCAUUUCCUCCUCUUUGCCUGUUUUUAUUGGCAGUUUUCCUCUGAGGUCUUAGUGCAUAUCAGGUCCACUUAUUACAGCUGGAAACAAUGAAGGUAAAAAGUGUGUAUGUGGAAUUGAAGGUCAUUUGCUCAAAGAGCAAGGCUUCAAUCCAGAUGAGGAAAUGCUAUACAGUGCUCCUGGAAUUUGUGGCCUUUGUAAACAUCCUGUUGUGCUGUCUUACUGACGUUCCUCUCUCGAAUUAUUUUCUGAAAGUCCGCUUUUCUCUCGAAAGGGUCUUUGUCACGGACGCAUUGCAAAAUGAGAUGAAAUCAUCUGGGUGGGAAAAUGUGUCUUUUUUAUUAUCAGUAACUGUACUGUAUCUCCUUUAAAGUAUGUGGUGUUUUGUUCUUUUUUGCUGGUUAUGCGAAAGGGCACAAGCCUGAAAGGGCAGCAUUUGCUAAGCUGGAACUGAGAAUUGGCUCCCCUCCUUUCAGCUUUUCCUCCUUUUCCUCCCCAUUUUUGGCAAACGGAGGCAGGAAUCCUCCAUUCUUGGGUCCACCAUGCAUUUAUUCUAGGACAACCCAUUGCCUCCUGAGCGGUGGAUUUUGUCAUUCAGCAUCAAUACUCUUGUGCCAGUAGCAAGAUGUGCAUUAAUGCCUCUGUGCAGAAAGCCUUGCCCCAAUGGAAGGAAGUUCCACUUCAUAUCAGAGAGAGCGCAAAAGCAGUGCCUAUCUAAGCGUUAACACUGAUUCAAGCGACUCUUGUGAACUUGAAGCACUAAACCUGGCAUCUGGGUUGACCCACGGUUGUGUUCAGUCCCUUUGAAUCUAUGCCCUCCCAAGCUGAUUCCAUCACAGCUGUAUGUAGUAGUCAGCGCAUAGAUUCCUUCUAGGCAGCCUCUCUUCUCAUUUCAGAAAGCACAACUUUUCAAAAGAGAGGUUCCAUUUUUUUCUUCUGGACAUAACCAAGCAGAGGGAUAUCUCCAAACACCUCAGGAAGCUCGACCUGUACCUGUGUGCACUCUUUGAUUUCUGUCACUGCAGCUGCCUUAUCCGAGUGAGAGGAGUGUGAGGCUUUUUUUUGUGUUCGUUCCUUUUUUUUAAAAAAAAAGUCUACUUUGGCAAUUUUUUGCUUCCAAACAGACUUUUUGGAAACCGCCACUUCCACAUUCCUAAUUCCUUUGGAAACAAAAAAAAAAUGCUGCCCUGAAAAGGUUUCAUGUCUGCGAGUGACUCUCGUUGCUGCUGGCUCCUUAUCGGAUCCAUUGGGGCCAGUGGUCUUGGGAUGAAGGUUUGCAACUAGCAAUGCAAUUUUUCUAAAUAUGCUUAAGGUUCCGAGUUUUUCAAAACAAAAAAAGUGUGUCCUUGAUUUUUUUUUCUUACUUUUUUGUGUUCUGUGUGUGCUAAACGGAGGUCAUUGCGGAACAGAGUAAUUUUGUUAUAUUUAAUUCUUUGCUUAAGAAAAUAAAGACCUUACUGAGUUCAUAACAA